CAACCCCUCCCUGCCGGCUCGACUGGCUCGGGGAGCGCCCGGUGCCCCGUGGCGCGUUCCCAGCCUCUUGUCAGAACCCCGAGUUCGCUCCGGAAUCGCCCCAACCCCUCCCCGGGACGGAGAGAGCGGCACCGUCCAAUGCCUUUUUGUGCUGGGCGUUUCACACUGCUCGGCCACAGCCAAAUAAGCCGUCCAGCCACCCGGGCAGACCCCACGCUUCUUUCCCUGCUCCUGCACCCUGCCCCGUCUUCGCCUUGCCUCUUGUCUGCCUCUCCUCCUCGUUCCUGCUCCCAAAUAGUUGGAAAGUCGUGGAACUUGAGCUCAGAGGGUGGAGGUCUGGAGUGGAGAAGCGAUGGCAUCUUAAUUCUCCUCCCCCACCUCCUUCUAGCCCCUCCAUGUUAACUGUUUAUCCUUGAAGAAGCCACGCUGAGAUCAUGGCUCAGAUACCAGUUGGGACAAAAAAAGAUUAACAGGAUGGAGGCUAUCUGAUUUGGGGUUAUUUGACUGUAAACAAGUUAGACCAAGUAAUUACAGGGCAAUUCUUACUUCAGGUCUUUGGCGGCUGCAGCUGCUGGUGGUGGUGGUGGGGGGGGUGUGUGAGGGAGAAAACACAAACUUGAUCUUUCUGACCUGUUUUACAUCUAUCUUGACCCUCCCUGACUGGCCCUAUAUGCAUAUGCGGCGACAUCUCCAUUUCUCUCUGUUUAUUGGUGUUUGUUUAUUCUUUAACCGUCCACCUUCUCCCCCUCCCCAGAGACACCAUGAUUCCUGGUAACCGAAUGCUGAUGGUCGUUUUAUUAUGCCAAGUCCUGCUAGGAGGCGCGAGCCAUGCUAGUUUGAUACCAGAGACGGGGAAGAAAAAAGUCGCCGAGAUUCAGGGCCACGCGGGAGGACGCCGCUCAGGGCAGAGCCAUGAGCUCCUGCGGGACUUCGAGGCGACGCUUUUGCAGAUGUUCGGGCUGCGCCGCCGCCCGCAGCCCAGCAAGAGCGCAGUCAUCCCGGAUUACAUGCGGGAUCUGUACCGGCUGCAGUCCGGGGACGAGGAGGAGGGAGAGCAGGUCCAAGGCACUGGUCUGGAGUACCCCGAGCGCCCCGCCAGCCGGGCCAACACCGUGAGGAGUUUCCACCACGAAGAACACCUGGAGAGCAUCCCAGGGACCAGUGCGAACUCUGGUUUUCGUUUCCUCUUUAACCUUAGCAGCAUCCCAGAGAACGAGUUGAUCUCCUCUGCAGAGCUCAGGCUCUUCCGGGAACAGGUGGACCAGGGCCCUGACUGGGAGCAGGGCUUCCAUCGCAUAAACAUUUUCGAGGUCAUGAAGAAGCCCCCCGUGGAAGCGGUGCCCGGGCACCUCAUCACAAGACUACUGGACACGAGACUGGUCCACCACAAUGUGACGCGGUGGGAAAGUUUCGAUGUGAGCCCCGCGGUCCUUCGCUGGACCCGGGAGAAGCGGCCCAACUACGGGCUGGCCGUGGAGGUGACUCACCUCCAUCCCACAAGGACCCACCAAGGCCAGCAUGUCAGGAUUAGCCGAUCGUUACCUCAAGGGAGUGGAGACUGGGCCCAGCUCCGGCCCCUCCUGGUCACUUUUGGCCAUGAUGGCCGGGGCCACGCCUUAACCCGGCGCCAGAGGGCCAAGCGCAGCCCCAAGCAUCAUCCGCAGCGGUCCAGGAAGAAGAAUAAGAACUGCCGGCGCCACUCCCUCUACGUGGACUUCAGCGAUGUGGGCUGGAACGACUGGAUUGUGGCCCCACCGGGCUAUCAGGCCUUCUACUGCCAUGGGGACUGCCCUUUCCCGCUGGCCGACCACCUCAACUCCACCAACCACGCCAUUGUGCAGACCCUGGUCAACUCCGUCAAUUCCAGCAUCCCCAAGGCCUGUUGUGUCCCCACCGAGCUGAGUGCCAUCUCCAUGCUGUACCUGGAUGAGUAUGACAAGGUGGUACUGAAAAACUAUCAGGAGAUGGUAGUCGAGGGAUGUGGGUGCCGCUGAGACUGGGCAGUCCUUGAGGACAGACACACACAGACACACAGACACACACACAAAACCCCUUCCCAUCCGCUCACCCACACACCACUCAGACAGACGGCAUCCUUAUAGCUGGACUUUUAUCUUAAAAAAAAAAAAAAAAAA